AUGGGAACUUUUACAUUCCAAUGGCCUUACAAUGCGAGCGAGGUGUUCGUUACCGGCAAUUUCGAUGAUUGGGGUAAGACGGUGAAACUGGACCGGGUGGGCAAUAUCUUUGUUAAGGAAGUGACUUUAUCUCCCGUACAAAAAGUUCAGUACAAGUUUGUUGUCGACGGUAUUUGGACUACUGAUCCCAACGUCCGUGAAGAAGACGACGGACAUAACAACAUCAACAACGUGCUUCUACCCGAAGAGAUCAAGGACUCCCACUUUGACCCCACUAUGUCUGGCGUGACCCCUGAUUCUACAACCGCGGCUCUCGCUGCCAACGUUCCCAAGGAGCCCAAUGGGGAUCUACCUGGUAGCUUCCCAGAGACUCCGGGACAGGAAUCCGAACAGACCUUUUCCGUGGAUCCCAUCCCAGCCUCGGAAGGUUAUGACAACCCCGUCAGCCUGAACCCGGGCGACAAAGUCCCUCACCAUAGCACCCUCCACAACAAUACCAUUGAGUCGACUGUCACAUUGGACAAAGAGUCAUAUGAGAAGGGCCAAACUCUUCCGUUUGGCACUGGGAACCCGAACAUCAACACCAACUCUGGCGAUCUCCCAUAUAUCCUUCCCCCAAUCACCAACAACAUGAUUCCUGAAUCCAGUCUUCCGAUAGGUGGACCUGCGCAAAGCGCUGCAUCCAGUGAGACCGAGCCGACCUACAUCGGAGGUCCGGCGCAGCAGGCAGCUAUGGCCGAUCCAGGAUACCACAUCCAGUCUGCUGGCCCCAACUCGACCACGGCAGCACUGGCUGCUGGUGUUCCGUUGGAGGCAAAGGGCAAACAAGCAAACGGCGACAAGCCCGUCGAGGAGGUCCCCCAGGCAGUGAAGGAUUCGUUGGCUGAGGCCCACAAGGACCCGGAGGCUGCUGCGAACCAAGUAGCAGUCGACGAGAAGCAUGCUAUCGAGGAGGAACUGCGCAAGAAGAUUCCCGUUGAAGAGUCCGCGGGUGCUCCAGCGCCUACCGUCACUGCGGCCACCCAGGCCGUUGCGCCCCAUCUCACUGUCGCUAGUGGCGGAGCCUCAGCAGCUGUGUCGCCACUUUCGACUCCUCCGCUGGACCGUAGCUUUGCUGCUGCUACCCUAUCUUCCGCGCCGAAGAACACUGAGUCUAGUGGGCCCACUGUUACAACUGGCCCUGAGACUACUGAGGCUGUCGAAACCUCGACUCCCGAAACCACGGCUCACACUUCUGUGGAACCCGCAAGUCCUAGCGCUGCGACGGGAGUGGAGUCUGCUCAUGUACCUACAACUCCGGCCGCAAAGCCCGCAGAUCCCACUGUGACGACUGGAGCUGAGUCUACUCAAACUCCUGCUACUUCAACCGCAAAUACCACGGAGCACUCUCCCAAACAAUCCCACAGCACUGAAGGUGCUUCUACUAUUGAUGACAAGAAGAAGAAGCACCGCCUCAGUGGCUUUUUCGGCAAGCUCAAGGAGAAGCUUAAAUAA